AUGGGAGAGAGUAAGGGAGUAAGAUACUACUUCGACCCGUGGCCGAAGGGCAUGGGUCUGAGCGUAUCGGAGUUGGACUCUCGCGAGGUGAAUGGCUUCUCGUGCCAUCAUACACGACCAUCUCUGGUACCAUUCAAGUACUCUCAAUCGGGCUCUGCCUGGCUAUACACUGUGAGUGAUAUAAGAGGGUUCAGGGAGUACCACACUUCUGGUAACAUAGCCCGUGAGACGUGCUUCGAGACCUUUACACAUGCCGAACGAGGAAAACAGAGGGCAAAGAUCUUGUCGUUGGAGCAUCCUGUAGUCACCACUGCGAAUCAGUUGUGCGCGGGAGGUGAGCUCGUCCUCAGCAUGGCUGAGGAGGAGCCUGCCCCUAACGGUGUUUACUACGGUUUCACCGAGGAUGGUCUAGAAGUAACGAUCAAAUUCGAUGGGCGGUCACGCAUCAAGGAAGUCCGAAUGAAUGGUCCGAAGAGGGAACGGUACACUGAGUUGAUCUUCAGUAUGAUCGGAAAGGCGAUAAGCUGUGUUUUUGGCAUUCAAGGAGAGGAUGGGGUAACCGAUCUGAUCGUCGAGCCUGUUGACCCCACCAAAUUCAAUGGUACGAAGGAAAGCUUCCAGAGCGCUCGACUGAAUACUAUGGUCGGGCAGCCUUUCGACCCGAGUAAUCUGAGGAGACUGUUCGGCCUCAGUGAGCCUGGCAAGCUCAAACGUUUGAGGUCUCGCAUUGCCAGGAGCAUUAGAUCGAUUAGAAUACCCGCAUUUUCCAUGCACAGACGCAUGAUGCGAGACGGGAUGGACGAAAAACUUCUCGCAGAGGACGAGAUCGAUUCAGAGCUUUCUCGCAACACAACUCAGAUGAUCGCCGACUAA